GGUGGUUUCAUUGCCUGUGUUGUUUAUUUAUGUUUGUAUUUGUUAAUUUUAAAACUUCUAUUAGCCAUCAAUGAGGAUUCAAAACUCUAUGUUCAUUGAAUCUCACAAAGCACUUAACAACUACAUCUUCUAGCACUGGAUAAUUUUCUCAGUGAAAUAGGUAUUUCAAUGCAAACUAAAAAUCAUGCCUGUAGACAUAAAAGAAUUGACUGAAGGUUGGCUAGAGCUUGAAAGUGACCCAGGUUUGUUUACUCUCCUUUUAGAAGAUUUUGGAGUUAAAGGGGUCCAAGUAGAAGAAAUUUACGACCUUAAUAAGCCUCUAGACAGUCAAGUCUAUGGCUUUAUUUUCCUAUUCCGUUGGGUAGAAGAACGAAGAUCAAGAAGAAAGGUUGUUGAACAAACUGAAACAUUUUUCGUUAAAGACGAAGAUGUAGUCAACAGCAUAUUUUUUGCCCAGCAAAUGGUGCCCAACUCAUGUGCCACUCAUGCCUUAAUUUCCAUAUUACUGAAUUGUCCCAAUAUUCAUUUGGGGGAUACACUAUUUCGGCUAAAAGCACACACUCAUGGCAUGUCACCAGAGAAUAAGGGCUGGGCAAUUGGUAAUACUCCAGAAUUAGCUUGCGCUCAUAAUUCACAUGCUAUGCCUCAAGCUAAGAGAAGGUUGGAGAAAAGUAGUAGUGUAUCCACUGGAAGAUUCACAGGAAGAGGUGAAGCUUUCCACUUUGUAAGUUUUGUUCCUAUAGGAGCACGGCUCUAUGAACUGGAUGGCCUAAAGCCCUUUCCAAUAGACCAUGGACCAUUUAGUGAACAAGAUUGGACAGACAAAUUUAGAAGCGUUAUUCAGGAACGUUUGGGCAUUACAGCAGAUGAAUAUAAUGAAAUAAGAUUCAAUUUAAUGGCAGUGGUUCCUGACAGAAGAUUAGCUAUUCAGCAUAAGUUGAAAAUGUUGAGAACAAAUAAACAAAUUGUUCUUGAUGCUCUACAACAAAUUGUUAAAAUUAAAGAUAAAGGUAGUGGUAAAACUGAAACAGCUGCAGGAGCAGGAGAACCAACUAAACCUGUCAAGACUGAAGAUAUUAAGACAGAAACUCUGGAAGUAAAACAGGAAAUUAAACCUCCAAUAGAAGAACCCAUUCCAACUAACAGCAACACUUUGACACUUUGCCCAUUGGAUUAUUCCACUCCUUUAACAAUUCAAACAUCUCCAGCUCCAAGUACUUCUGGAACAGACACUCCUUCAGAUAUAGGCUCAAGUUCUGCAUUUAAUUCUCCCACUCAGGGUUGGAAUUGGGCAAAUGCUGCUCAAAACAGCCCUAAUUCAAGAGACUUGAAGAGAUUUGUUGUUCUUAGAAUGGCAGAACAGGAGAAAAAUAAUUCAAUAGAGAUAAAUAAGUCUCCAGAGAAAAAAUCUAGCAGUGGAGUGGUUCAUGCGAGAGUACACACUAGUGAUGGUGAUCCUGUUAUAGCUGAAAAGAAAAAUCAAGAUAUUCUGGAACCACAUACUUUUGCACCAAAAGAUCUGCUUUCAUUAUUGCGCAAUUUAGAAAAUGAAAUAUGCCUUUGUGAAAUGAGCUUGAAGGAUGAAAAUGAUAAACAAAAUAAAUAUAAAGUAGAUGAUUGCAGAAGGACUCACAACUAUGAUGAAUUUAUUUGCACAUUUCUAUCUAUGCUUGCUGAACAAGGAAAAUUGGCCGAUUUAGUGGAGCAAAAUCUCAUCACGCCCAAAAGACCCAGUACAGGAAUACCAGCACCAAAAAGUGUUAAAGUAACUAAAAAAGAAGGAAGUAAUAGUGGGAGAAAAAAGAAAAAAGGACGCUCUAAAGUUAAAAGAAGGAGAUAAUGGAUUACUUAUUUUUUCCUUCAAAUAAAUUUAGUAAUAUAAUAAUCAGAGAUAAACA